AUUUCAGUUUACCUGGUGUGGAUCUUCUUGAUCCUCCCAAUCGUCGUCUCUGUAGUUACUGAACUAACUUAUGGCUGUCUCCGAUCCCCCGAUGAGGACUAUUCCGAUCGAUGCGCGGCGGCCGGG